CUAACUGCAAUUGCUAUCGAUAGACCCAAGCCUUUGCCUUUGUUUACAAUUGAAAUAUUUAAAAAACUUAUAUUUAACAACCGCCUGAACUCAAAUGUGGCCUCCCGGGAGCGAGGAUAGCUACUUUUCGAACAUGGACUACAGCAAGAACGUGGUGAGCAUCCUGCCCAGCGUGGAGAUGCUGGUCAGCUUCAAUGGCGACAUGACGCGGUCCAAUAAGCGGUCAUGUUUACUGUACGCGGAGCGGAUGGAUUUCAAGGAGCUGCUGCAACUCCGUUUGGCGGAGAAGUCCGAUCAAAGGCGCAUGUACAUCACCACCGUGGACAGCGCCUCCUUCCAGGAUCUCAAACAGGAUCAGUCACUGAACGUAACAUUUUCGGGGUUCAUGGACAAUGUGGUGCGCAUGCUGAAGGACUGUCAGUCUGGCAAACUGGAGCUGCACCUGACUGGAAGGGACCAGAACCUUUCAGCCGGCAGAGAAACUAUCGACUACCACCUGCAGUUCGUGGAAAUAAGAUCUUUUAAGAACCUGGUCCAUCUAAGCCUGCCCUGCCGUUCUGCUCCCUUGAACACCGUGCUCUUCUAUAUCAACAUCAUGCUAGAUACCUCCCAUAAAAAACAAUAUAUGCUGGAGCAGAAUAUCCAGCAAAUUCAAGUGGAAAUGAACUCGCAACGUUCGCAGAUGGAUCGAUUGAACACGGAAAACAGUAAACUCAGAGAAGCCUUAGCUGAGAAUACGCGUAUCCUGGAGGAAAAGCAUACCGUAGAGAUCCAGCAGUUCCAGGAAAAACUUGCCAAGGUAAACGAGCAGCGCAGCAAUGAGCUGGAGAGGAAUCGCAGAGCGAUCUCUGGCAUCCAGGCGCAAAUGGAAAAGGCCUGCCUGGAAAAAGCUGACCUAAAAUCAGCCCAAGAACAGGCAGAAAAGCGAUGUCAAACUCUGGCAGAGGAGUUAUCCUGCUGCAAAUCACGGGUGUGCACUUUAAAAGAGCAGAACGACAAGCUACACGGUGAUUUAGCCAAUGCCAGGAAGCAGGAACGCAAGCUGGAAUACAAGAUUGAGGAUCUGAAGCAGCACACAGCCGAGUUGCAGGAUCACAUUCAGAAGAGUAACAAGGAGAUGGCCAACAUGUCCGCUGAACUGGAGGCUGAAAAGAAGAUCCUGCAGACCAAGCGAAAGGCAUUGGAAAUGGCCUCUGAGGAGAUAUCCAAGGCCAACCAGAUAAUCCUCAAGCAAAGCCAAGAGCUGUUAAAUCACAAGAAAACCAUUGCCUGGCGCACUGAGGUGGCCCUGCAGCAGGAGAAGGCUGUCCAGGCCAAGGAGAGUCUACUAACCCUGCGCGAAGAAGAACUGCGUCAGGCGCGAAACACCAUUGAAAAGCUGCGGGAGGAAAUCCCCCAGCAACUGCAAUCUAUGCGCCUCUUUGCCGAUGGGCUAGAGCAAAAGUAUUCCAAACAGAUCCUCAUUCUGAAAGAACGAUUAUCCAUACCCAGUGGCAAGGAAAAUCGACGCUAGUUUUUGCUUAUUGUUAGUGCAUUUCUCGUUUUUGUACAAGUUCAGUAAAGUUAGUUGUAUUGUUCGGCUCUA